UCGGAGAUGGCGGCGGCCGCGAGCGAGGUGAGCGCAUUCGAGGUGGGGGCGUGCAAGGGGCAGAAGGUGGUGGACGGGGAGGCAAUACCGCUGGUGCUGCGGCCUUCGUCGGGGCCGGGCAAGAGCAGCGCGGAGGCGCUGGUGGCGGCGCUGGCGGCGAACAGGGCAUGGUUCGAGGAGCAGCUGGUGCGCCACAGCGCGGUGCUCCUCCGGGGCUUCGACGUCGCCGACGCCGUCGAGUUCAACGACAUCGUCGAGGCCUUCGGGUGGGAGGACAUCCGCUACGUGGGCCCGGCGCCCCGGACCCACAUCCACAAGCGCGUCUGGACCGCCAACGAAGGCCCUCUCUCCGAGUUCAUCUACUACCACCACGAGAUGGUCCUGAUAAAGGAGUUUCCGGGGAAGGUGAUCCUGUUCUGCGAGGUGCCGCCGCCGGAGGGCGGCGAGACGCCGUUCGUGCCGAGCUUUAAAGUGACAGAGAAAAUGAUAGAAGAGUUCCCGGAGCACGUCAAGGAGAUGGAGGAGAAGGGACUCAGGUACACCUUCACCGCUCCCAGCAACAACGACACCAAGUCCAUGCGCGGCCGAGGCUGGGAAGACGCCUUCGGGACAUCUGAUCCCGUCGAAGCACAGAGAAGGGCGAAGGCGUUGGGGAUGGAUAUGGAGUGGCUGGCGGACGGCGGGGUCAAGACGAUCCUGGGGCCGCGGCCCCUGACGCGGGUGUUCCCGGGGCGGAAGGAGCGGCGGAUGUGGUUCAACACGUUGGUGGGGAUGCACGGGAAGGACAUCAGCUCGGCGGAGCUGGCGGACGGGUCGGAGAUCCCGGCGCACGUGGUGCAGCGAUGCGGCGAGAUCAUCGAGGAGGAGAGCAUCCAGUUCAAGUGGGAGAAGGGCGACGUCCUGUUCUUGGACAAUCUGGCGACACUGCAUGGCCGCCGGCCGUCCUUGCCGCCGAGGAAGGUCCUCGUCGCCACCUGCAAAUGAAGGAAUUACCAGUAAUAAUAAAUAUAUCCAAUAAAAGUUAGAUGCGGCAUCGAUGUACAUCCUCUGUUACCAGAUGGUGAUGAUGACGUAAGAUUUGUAUCUUUAAUUAAAUUAAAUGGAUGAACAUCAUUA